GUUUCGUCUUGUACCAAAAAAAGAAGAAGAAGAAGAAUCUGAGGAAGUUACAGAAAGACCCUCAUCUCCUACCUCAAGAUAGAGCAAUAUAUAUGUUAUGUAACAACUCGAUACAGAGCUUGACUUAUCUCUUACUUAUCCAAAUCCCAAAUUUGUCUCUCUAUCUGUCUGUCUCUUUUUGUUUUCUCCCCUCCCACAGGCCUUUUCAAAGACCUAACUAACUGAGAUCCCCUCUCCCUCCCUAAUAUAUAUAUUUUUGUUCAAAUCUUUUUAGCUUCUCUAUUAAUAAUAUCAAUACACACUCUCUCUAAAGACUAAAGUUGUAGUAUUUCCUUAAUAAUAUCUUCUUCUACCCUGUGUAUUGUUGUUGUUGUUAGAUUAAAAUUCCUUCGGCAAUGGUUAUAAUACAGAAUUCAGUUUGUGGGUACCGGAAUUAAAAGAAGAAGAAAAAAAUGGAAGAUCGUGAGACGACGACGGUGACGGAGGUGGAAUUUACGGCGGAGAACCGGCGCGGUGGAUUGCUGUUGGGAAAGUACGAGGUAGGGAAACUGGUGGGAUGCGGGGCGUUCGCGAAAGUGUACCACGGGAGGAACACGGAGACGGGCCAGAGCGUUGCGAUCAAAGUGGUGAGCAAGCAGCGGCUGCAGAAAGGAGGACUCAACCCAGCUAACAUCAAGAGGGAGAUCGCUAUCAUGCACCGCCUUCGCCACCCUUGUAUCGUGCGCCUCUUGGAGGUCCUCGCCACCAAAUCCAAGAUCUUCUUCGUCAUGGAAUUCGCCAAGGGCGGCGAGCUCUUCGCCAAGGUCUCCAAGGGCAGGUUCUGCGAGGAUCUUAGCCGCCGCUAUUUCCAGCAGCUCAUCUCCGCCGUCGGCUACUGCCAUUCCCGCGGCGUCUUUCACCGCGAUCUCAAACCCGAGAAUCUCCUCCUCGACGACAAGCUCGAUCUCAAGAUCUCCGAUUUCGGCCUCAGCGCUCUCGCCGAUCAGAUCCGCCCCGACGGCCUCCUCCACACCCUCUGCGGUACCCCGGCUUACGUUGCCCCCGAGGUUCUCGCCAAGAAAGGCUACGACGGCGCUAAGAUCGACGUCUGGUCGUGCGGGAUCAUACUCUUCGUCCUCAACGCGGGGUAUCUCCCUUUCAACGACCACAAUCUCAUGGUCAUGUACCGGAAGAUCUACAAGGGAGAGUUCCGCAUCCCCAAGUGGACCUCCCCGGAUCUCCGCCGCCUCCUCACCCGGCUGCUUGACACCAACCCGCAUACCAGGAUCACGAUCGAGGAGAUCAUCCACGAUCCCUGGUUCAAACACGGGUACGACGACCGGAUGUCCAAAUUCCACCUCGAGGACUCCGAUAUGAAACUCCCCGCCGACGAGAUCGAUAGGCGGAUGAACGCCUUCGACAUCAUCGCCGGAUCCCCGGGGUUCAACCUCUCCGGUCUGUUCGGCGACGCCAGAAAGUACGACCGAGUUGAGAGGUUCGUGUCGGCGUGGACGGCGGAGAGGGUGGUGGCGAAGCUGGAGGAGGAGAUCGCGGGGGCGGAGAGCCUGGAGGUUGCGAAAAAGGAGGCGUGGGGGAUGAAAAUAGAAGGGCAAAAUGGUAAUUUCGCAAUGGUGGUUGAGAUAAAGCAGCUAACGGACGAGCUUGUCAUGGUCGAGGUGAGGAAGAGGCAAAGAGCCACCACUACUGCUGCAUCUGGACGCGAUUUGUGGACAGAUUCGAUCAAGCCUUUCUUCCUCGCCAUUAUGCACCACCACCAACCACAAGAACCAUCGGCAUCUCAAGUAAAUACGACGCCGGUUAGUCUAGUAGGAACCAGCAGUAUCUAUCAUUCAUAAGAAAAAAAAAAA